GCUAGGGAGAGCUCCAUGGCAGAGUCCAGAAUAUUCGGAGGUCUCAAGCCCACCAAGUCCAGGUUACUGGGCCCUACUAUCAGAGGCCCACCACCCAACGGCGCGGCCACUCAUGCCCCACGUCGCAUCCUCUUCUCCUUUUCUCCGGAGAGUCAAUGGCUCGGUCAAAGCUCAACGAGAGCAUGUCUUCCUCCUCUCCGUUCUCCGUGUCUCCCCGCCCCAUCCGCCGCUAGCCCCGCCUACCCUCGCCUCGCCUCCUCCGCCGCCUCCGCCUCCGCCCCCGCCCGCCUCCGCUCCCGCAUUACCCUCCCCGGUGGCAGAUCUCCCGUCCCCCCAAUGGACCCGGCCGCCUCCGCCGCGGAGUCGUCGUCGCUGUCGUCGCGCGACGUCGCCGCGAUGCCGGACUCGCCGCCGCGGCGGGCGGCGAGGCACCGGCGCGCGCAGUCGGAGAUCCUCCUCGGGGCGGCGCUCCCGGACGACAUCGCCUUCGACGCCGACCUCGGCGUGGUCGGGGAGGUCGGCGGCGGCGGCGGGGACGACUACGAGGAGGAGGAGGAGGAUGACGAGGAGGAGGAGAUGGAGGGGGCGGGCGGCAGCCGGAUGUUCGAGAUGUUCCUCGAGGCCGGGGGCAAGCUCGAGACCCCGGAGCCCGCGGCGCCGCUGCCGCCGCCGCCCGCUCGGCCGCGUCACCAGCACAGCAUGUCGAUGGACGGGUCCACGUCCCUGGCGUCGUCCGCCGCGGGUGUGGCGGGGAGGAUGGGCGCGGACGCUAAGAAGGCCAUCUCUGACGCCAAGCUCGCGGAGCUCGCCCUCGUUGACCCCAAGCGCGCCAAGAGGAUCUUGGCAAACCGCCAGUCAGCUGCUAGGUCAAAAGAAAGAAAGAUGCGCUACAUUGCAGAGCUUGAGAGAAAAGUACAGACUCUCCAGACAGAAGCAACUACACUAUCAGCACAGUUGUCCAUGUUACAGAGAGAUACCACUGGUUUAACAAGUGAAAAUAGUGAUUUGAAAAUACGGGUGCAAACAAUGGAGCAACAAGUCAGGCUGCAGGAUGCACUAAAUGACAGGCUAAGAGAUGAGAUUCAGCAGCUAAAGGUUGCAACAGGUCAGGUUAAUGCCAACUGCGGCAAAGUGGGAAACUUUGGCCUCUCCUCAUUUGGAGGCGCCAAUCCACAAGGUUACCAGCGCAGUCACAUACAAUCUCUUCUGGCAGCCCAGCAGCUGCAGCAGCUACAGAUCCACUCCCAGCACCAGCAGCAACAGAUGCAUCUGCAGCAGCAUCAUCAUCUUAGCACGGUCCAACAGCAGCUUCUGCAGGAGGGGUUGCCCUUGCCAGGGGAUCUGAAGAUGAAAGGAAUUGUGGCGGCAUCCCAUGCACAGAACGCCGGCGCAUCUGAAAGCCACGCUCUGAGGAGUGAGCCGUGAGUUGGCAUAGGCUCAUGGCGGUUGUCAGUAAUAAUAACAUGUUGUAUCUGAGUGACUCAUGCAUAGGCUAGCGCAGUAUCUAGGUAAAAUUUCAGACUAUCUAUGAAGCACUUAGAUGCCUGCAGCCUGUAGAAUGUAGAUCCCAUUCAGUUGUAAGUUGUAGAACUGAUGAGGCAAAACUGAGUAAUUCACCGGUGCCAUGGAGUAUGUUCACGUCAUAUGCAAUCGCGCCUGUCUCAAUA